CACAAUGGGAGGAUCGUGGGAUCGGUGAAAUAUUCGCUACUCUAUAAUCAGUUAAUACGAUUCGCUUGACGUGAUAACAACGUUCCGCUAAUGAAAUGAUGAGUGCGCGAUUAUUCAUCAAAGCUCCGCUGCUUCUGAUGCUGCUGCUGCUGCUGCUGAUGCUAAUGGGUCUGACUGUGGCGCUGCCUGGCAGAGCGAGCUUCCAGGAGUUGCGUAAGCUGCUCAGACAGCAGCAACAGGACGAGCAACAGCUCAAGGAGCAGCAGUUCAACGAGGACCUCAACUCAUGGCUCCAGGCCCUGGAGCAACUGGGUCAAGACCUGGCUGCAUUCGUGAAUCAGUGCCGUCCACAGGGCACUCGCUGCGGACAGCGGCAUGUGCAGCGCCGCUUGCGCUCGCUGAGACGCAGCCACAGUAACCUGCGCGCCCAGUUGGAGACCCUUGAGAUCAGCUACGUGGGCAAGAUCAGCGAGGAAGUGCUCCUGCUGCCCGCAUUGCGGGCUGUGAGAGAGGUGCUGCACCAAUACGAGGACUUCAUGAGGCUGAUCAACACAGAGGCCUACAAAUUGGUGAACCAGUAGACCCGACUCCUGCUGUAAAAACUGAAUACAUAACUGUAUAGUAAUUACACUCUCUCGUGGCAGAUUCACGCGAUCGAAAAGCUCCCAGCUGAGAGAUAUACUUAUAAAUAAUUACUGUGCUCAGAUAGAAAAUUUGUACAGUCACAUAUGUAAAGACAG